GUGUUGUAUACUAUGGUCCACAAUUAAUUAAGAUAUAUCACUCACUGUGCCACUGUGGUGCUAUGGUCUAUGAAUCAUGAUAAUAACUUGUUUAAAAAUGCCGGUUUUAGCUAAUGCCUAAAUAAUAGUCUAUGGACUAUGAAUGAUUUGUGCUUUUAAGUAUUUGGUUUUAGGUUUUUGAAUUAUUUCUAUUAUGUUAUUUUGAUUUUUCACUCGUUUUUUUUAUUAAAUAGUAGAUACGCUUUUUAAUGGUUGAUAUAAGUAAAGAAGAAAAUGAGAAAACUAAAUUACCGAAUGUCGCAAAAACAUCAAGUGAUACCAUAGCAUCAGCUGCGUUUUUAACAUGUAUUGCGGCUGGUGCGGGUAUAUUCGCAUUUGCGUCAACUCUGGCAUCAGCUAGAAAAACAGAUCCCACCAUGUUUUCCAAAGGACAAGCUCCUUCGUUACCCACUACUGAAUCCGGUGUACAGUUGGCCAUUAGAGCACUAAAAUGGGGAACAUUUUACGCUGUUGGCGGCUGUGGACUGUUUUUUUAUGGUGUUUGGAAAAUGAGCGGUGCUAACGAUAUGCACGAAUUUAGAUUAAAAAUAGGAUCAAUUCUUCCAAGGCUUACUCCAACUGUUCACAAUUCACGUACAGAAUUUGAAGGAUUGACAGAUUUAAUGACGUAUUUGGCUACAGACUAUUCAGGACAAACUUCAAAAACUGAAAUCACUAAUGACUUAAAUAAUGAGUCAAAAAAUGAAAUACCCAAAAAUUGAUAGAAACAUUGUAAUGUAUAUUACAUUUAUUAAAUAGUUGUUUAAAUAAAAUAAACAAACAAUGAU